AUGACGAGGAAAGAACUGCAUGAGGCGAAGCCCGUGAGGGAGUUAAAAACAGCCCAUCGCCCACCUCUGGUGUAUAGUCUAGUACCUAGAUUAGGUCGACUAGCGAGAAAGUCAACUGGUACUGUUCAUCGUCCCGGUCGUAAUGGGACAUAUAUAAAAAUCAUACAUCAAAAUGGUACUGUGGUCUGGCAGAUUGACUGUGGAUACGAUGCAAAUUCCACUUAUCCGGAUCUUCUCUAUACAAAUCAAACAAUAUUAUUUAUUGUACGAAAUCCAAAUUGGGUGCCGGGUGCUCUUUAUUAUAUAACAUUUGAUUCUGGUGCAUCUUCUGGAACAGCGUUUUGUGGCCCUGAAUCAAAGCCAGAAUUAGGUUGCAAACGGUCGGACUUCUGGAAUUUUACAAUUUGGGAUUCUCACCAAUCAAGUACAACAACGACCACAACAACGGCAGGUACCAUUCCCUCAGUCACUACAAGAUCUCUUAGUACAACGACGGCGAACCCAGCUUUGACAACUACGGGUAUCGCUGUGACAAUCACUACAGGUGGCACAACAACUGCAGCCAUUACCACAACGACAUCUGUCACAACCACGACAACAUCAAGUAAGGCACAGUUGCAAAUUUGUCACACUUUGACUGAUGGUUGA